AUGCAAAUGAAUCUCUUGUCAAUAAUAGUUACUCAAAUUGUUGGUGAAGUCUAUGAGACAUUUGAUAGCUCUAGGGAUAAAAUAAACAUUCCUGAAGAUUGUUUUACAGCUUCCAAUGAAAUUGAAGAUCUUAUUGCUUUUGAUUACGGUAUAGACAAAGACAAUACCUCCUUUAAUCAUAUAACAUUUGUUCAAAAUGCCCUCCUGACCUCUGAAAACGUAAAUGUCGAUUACAUAAACAUUAAAUUGAUGAACAAAAUUCCUGGGGAUUUAGUUAUAUAUACAAGUACUUAUGAAACGAUAACCGAAGAAGCGACAUUUUAUCCCACUGAAUUUUUAAACACUUUAAAUAUAUCAGGAUUACCCCCUUACAAACUUUCACUCAAAGUCGGGAUACCUAUAAUUCUAAUGGGUAAUUUAAAUUCUGCAUCUGGUUUGAGCAAUGGGACUAAAUUGAUUAUAACCUCUUUGCGACCAAAUAUAGCAGAUUUUAUUUCUGGUAGCUUUCUAACCACUAAAGUUUUUAUUCCAUUAGCUUAA